GUUUAACAUGAAUUCUCGCGAUACUUGCAGAAGCAGCUGAGAGCCCAGAAGCUUGUAUGGGGCUUGACAUGUCAACAAAAGAGAUAAAUUGCCACACAGAAACUCUCAACAAAGGCAUGUAAAGGUGUGCUGAUGUGGAUCAGGCCGAACAGAAAACUCCAUCUGGAUCUAUACCUGCUCCACAAGCAUCUUUCCCCGUCUCCAUGACGACCCCUCCUUUGGUGUCACCUUUUGGUGCUCAGCCACCACCACCACAGCAGCAGGCCCAGGCAGCUCGAGAUGUUAACACAGCAUCACUGUGUCGCAUUGGGCAGGAGACGGUCCAAGACAUUGUCCUCAGGACCAUGGAGAUCUUUCAGCUCCUCAGAAACAUGCAGUUGCCUAAUGGAGUCACUUACCACCCCAACACCCACCAGGACCGGCUGGGAAAACUCCAGGAGCAUCUCCGAAUGCUCUCUGUGCUCUUCCGCAAGCUUCGCCUCGUCUACGACAAAUGCAAUGAGAACUGUGCCGGGUUGGACCCCAUACCGCCAGAGCAACUGAUACCCUUUCUGGAUGAUGAUGGCUCCAAACUUGAGGACCGUUCAGGCGGGCAGAGCCGCCCUGCCAGUGAGGAGAGGAGAGAAAUCCUGGAAGUAAACAAGAAGCUGAAGCAGAAGAACCAGCAGCUGAAGCAGAUCAUGGACCAACUUCGCAACCUCAUCUGGGAGAUCAACUCCAUGCUGGCUGUCAGGAGCUGAGCCACACACACAUCGCCAUACAACACACACAUGUACACAUUCAAAACAGAUUAAAGACAGGAAGAUGAGGAGUAUGUUAACUGGAUGUGUGACAGCGUCCCACAGACUGGCUGAGGCUGCACUUUACACAAGUAAUGGGAACUUUGGCAAUAUCACCCUGCUUGUAGAAGAAGACACAAAAUGAAAGGACAAAUGAAGACAAAAGGGCUGAACACCACAAAGAGGUAAGGAGAAGAUGUUGCUGGUUCCAGCUUGGGCAAUGGCAGAAACCAUUCUGUCUACCUCGGCAUUCAAAAUUUUAAUCAGCAUUAUGACUCCUAACUAAUCUAAAGAGUUUUCAUGUUUUAUCUGCUUGUAGGUACCAGUUGAAUAGAGGAUUUAUGCCUGUAGAAACUUGCCUAUGUAUUCUAUUUAAUCCUCAAACUCUGCACAUUUGUUAGGUGCCUAUUUCUUUAGUAUUAAAAACAUCUGAAGACACAAAUUUAAAAAGUUAUAUGGUCCCUAAGAAACAAGACAUACACUGUGGCAAAAUAUUAUUCCUUGCUUUGUUUUCUGCCUUUUUAAAUGUGAUGUAGAUUCAUUCAUGCUCUGCUCUGCUCUGAUUGGACUUGACUUGCAAUUAAAAUUCCUUGUUAAGAA